AUGAAUGACGACGAAGAUGCUGUCGUUCAUCUUGAAUCGAGGGAGUACAAUGGUCUCCGAGCGUCUACAGCAAGUGGCAAGAAGCAGAAGUUAGGCAAUCUCAAGCCCGAGCAACUCCUCGAGGAGUCUAGUAUUCAAACGACCCUUCAGGUCGUCCGGGUCAUUCUCGACAGAACUCCAGGCGCGAAUAUUCUGGUUAUUUCAGAGGUGCUCGAGGCCCUGUAUUGCCGGGUUGUGGCUUUCAUGUUAGGUGUCGGAAAUGUUCAAACACGACAGACCAUGUUCCAGUUCAUUUGGAUUAUCGCCACCGACAGAAGGAAGGAAGCUGGAAGGAAGUCACUCUCUUUUCAAAGCCCCAGCGACAUGUUGGUCACUUCCAGGGCCGUCGGUCAAAGUGUCAUGAUGACCAGUGCUCACCACGUCAUCUGA